AUGGAGCUUCCUCCUAUUCCCAUUUUAAAAAAUUAAUCAUAAUUUGGAAUUGAUAAUUUAGUAUCAUAAACACAUAUUUAUAAUACAUAAACUCAAAAUUAAGAAACUACAAAACCUUUUAAGUAAUUAGUGUUUUUUAUAAAAGGCGAAACUUCAAUUUAAAAGUAGGUGACAUAGUGUAUUUCAAGUCUUAUUUGACUGAUGAUUAUAAAGGAGUUAUAUCUGGUGAUGGUAUUGCAAGCAAUAAGUUGGAAUGUAUAUAGAUUUUGGGAAAAAAUCAACAAAUAAUAGAUCCAUCAAAGAAAAGUUUAUAAUAAAAAGUUGGCAGUUUGACAUUUCAGAAAAGCUUAUUUUAGGUAAUUACAGGCAAAAAAUAUCAUUAUUAAAAUUUUCUAGAGCAAGAACGUUCAAGAUCAAUAGAUGAUAUUAGAGAGUAGGCUAUAAAUGAAGAUAUUGAUUUAGAUUAAUGUUAAUUAGAAUAUGAAGGUAGAUUAAAAGAACUUGAAGAUAAAGCUAACGAAGAAAUUUUAGAAAAUUAACGGUUUUAUGAUCUUGCUUAUGGAUCUAAUAUUGUAUAUGGUUAAGAAAUAUAACUUAAACAUAUAUAUUCAUCAUGCAUACUAUCUUUUAAUAGUGCUAUAUUAGCAAAAGAAAAUUGUUGUAGAGAAUUAUCUUUGGAAGAAAUAUCCAAUUUAAAUUCAAAUUUUAGAAUUUUAUCUAUGAAUCAAGUAAAAAAUCCAGGAGAACCUAUUUUAUAUGGAGAUUAAAUAAUAGUUCAAAAUUCAAGUUCAAAUAAAUGGUUUAUGAAUAUAUAGAAGCCAAACUAAAAAUAUGAUAAAAAAGAUGGUUUAGAAGUUAAUUGUUCUUAAAUAGGAUUUCCUUUAAAAAUUGCAUGUUAUGUUGAUUCUAAAACUGAAUAAGAAAUAAAAUAACAAAUUAUAAAGUAAAAAGCUCUUCUUAGUGGAGAUGUAGUAACAAUAAAAAAUAGAUAUUUGGGUGGUUAUCUGUCAAUUCAAAGAUAACUUAGAAUUACUGAAGGAUUAGAUAAAAAAGAAGUUUUUAUUAAGAAUUAUGAUACAAAUAUAACAUACACAAAACAUUAAUUUUAUUUUGAUGUUGAAUAAGUUAGAAAUGAAAAAAUUGAAUAUAUGUAUAAAUUAUAUGUAGAUUCUUCAACAGAUGCAGAAAAUAAUUUAAAUAAUUUAUGGUAAAUUUAACAUGUUGAUAGUCUAACCUUUUCAAAACCAAAUUAUGAAAGUGUUUUCUUAAUAAGACAUGUAUGUACAGGAUUAUUUUUGGAAAUUUCUCAUCAUUCUGCAAAUUUAACUUAUGAUGGAUUAAGAUAGGAAUGUCAAUUUCAUUUAAGAUCUAAGAAGACUUUAGAUGAUUAAAUUUUAUUUAGUGAAGCAUAUAAAUUAUAAUCUGUUAUGAAUGUGUAAAUAGAUGGUUAUGUUACAUAAGAAAAUUUAGUCAUUGUUUGUUUAGAUGAUAGAGUAGCAGUAUAAAGAAAAAGUUAAAAAUAAAAUAUAGAAAGAGAAACAUUUUUGCUGAAAUUAGCAACUCCAGAGUAAGCUAAGACAGCUUUUAGAAUUAAUUCUUUAUAAGAAUAUUUAAUUUAAUUUUAUAUAUUUUUAUAAGAUUGGGGUAUGUUAAAGACAUCAGCAUAAGGUUUGGAAGUUAUAAGAACUUAUGAUUAUUUUGAAGCCUUUAAUAAUUAAAAGAUAUUAUAUGAUGAAAUUUUAUAAUUAUUUUAAACUUUGGAAAACUUAAAAUUGUAUUUAAAUAAUGAAGGUUAAGCUUAGACAAAUGAAUAAUAGUAAUUUAAAUAAAAAGCUUUAAUGGAUAAUGAUAUAAUUAAUUUGCUCUUUGCAAUUUAAAGAUUAUGCAAUUUUAUGAUAUAUGGUAGUUUGAGCAAUAAUAAUUCAUAAAUAUAAGACAAAACUCCUUAAAAGAUUGCAAAAGCAAAACUUGAUCCUCCAAUUUCAUCAUCAUAAAAAUUGAAUUGUAUAUAAGAAAUAUAUGAUGUUUUAAGUUUAUGUGUUUAAAAAAAUCAGGAUACAAGUAACUAUAUUUUGACAUUAAAGAUGAAUAAGGAGAGUAUUUUAGAUUUCCUAUUGCAAUAAUUGAAAUAUUAGAGAAAAUAUAUAUCUAAUCUCAUAAAGGAAAGUGUAAGGUAUACUGAUAUGAGUGAAUCUAAAGAAAAUAUAAAAAAAUGGGUUAAUUAAUUGGAAAAUCUAUCGGAAGAAAAUAUUGAAGAUUAAACUUUAUAUAUAGAAAUCUUAAGUUUGAUAAUGAUAGAUCCUUAUGAGAAUCCAAAUAAAUUAUGUUAGAAUGCAUGUAGAAGAUUAUUAUUUGGAACAAAAAAUUAAUAAGAAUAAUAAUACCCUUUUCAUAAAGUUUUAGUAUCCUUAGAUAUAUAAGAAGAGAAUAAUAAUUAUUAUCCAAUAGUAUAAUUUUAUCCAAAAAGAGAAAAAGGAUUGUAGAUGCAAUAUGUCAAUGAAUUUGGUUAGAAUAAUUAAUUAUUUUGUUAACUCUAUUUAAAGUUUAUUGAUAAAUAAGCAAGAAUUGCUUAGAGAUUUUUGAAUAAAAGACCUAGUUUAAUUGAUGUUGUGAUUGAUUUUUUUACAAUUGAAACACUCAAAGAAAAUUAAUUAGUAAAAUAAGAAGAUGCUAAAUUAGUAAUACCAAUAUUCUAGAAAUAUGAAAAUUAUUUAAUGAAUGUAAUGGGUUUAUAUUCUUCAUUAUGUAAAGGAAGAAAUUAAAAAAAUAUUAAAUGUUUGAUGAGAAAUUGUUUUUUAAAUCAAAAAUUCUUAGAAAUAUGUUUAAAACGUUAAUAAAAUAUUAAAUCUGAACUUAGAUUUGAAAAAACUUUAAUUGAAUUGUUUUGUAAUUUAUUCUUAGAUAUUGAUCCAUUAAUUAAGAUUUCAUAAAAUUAUGACCCCUUUUAUAAUAAUAUUACAUAAAUAAAUACAAUAAAAUGUUAUUUAAGUGAUGAUAUUGAUUAAUUCGAUAUAUAGAAUCCUUCAGGACUUUAUUUUUAUGAAAAUAAUGCAUCAAAAUCCUUAAAACGAAGUGAUGAUUAUUAGAGUUUUCUUCACUCAAAAGAAACUAAAGCAGAACAUUAAUAACUUAAACUAUAUGCUGCAAAAAUGUUAUCUAGAACUCAUAUAAAUGAUGUUCGUUUAUAUUAUUUAGAAAUGUUUACUAAAGAAGAUUAUCCAGAACAUCUUUUACAAGAAGCAAGUUAUGAUAUCUUCAAAUCAAAAAAACUUAGUCAAAAUAAUAAAUAAAAAUAUGAUUAUUCUCGUCUUGCUUAUUUAUAAUUACAUUAUUUUUUAGGUUUAUUGACAAUUAUUAAAAAUAGCAUAAAUUUAGGAUAUAAUUAAUUGGAUGAAAAUUAGAAAAUAUUCUCAAUACUUCCAAAUAUAUUUGUUGCCUUAAUUUUAUAAUAGAUUCCAGAUAUGAGAAUACACAGAUUUUCAGAAAAUGAAUCAUUUAUAUCAAAUCUGAAUAAAUUAAGAUAAUCAAUUGAUGAUAACAUUUGGGUUGUUACAUUCCUUCCUACUAAUGAAUAAUUAUAUGAAAAAAGGAAAUCAAAACAUAAAAAUCUAGAUAAAGACUAUAAAAGAAUGGAUUAAUCAUCUAAAUUAUAUAUGCAAUUUUAAAGAAAUUGGAUUCUAUAUAUGUUAAUAUGGACUUAUUAAUAUUGUAAUGAUGAAAUUCUAAGAAUGUAAGUAUAUUUGGAAGCUUUGUCUAUUUUAAAAAUCUUUGAAUAAUUAAAAUUAAAUCUAUAAAUUCUAGAAUUUCUAUUUAGUUCAUCUUAAUAAAAUGAAUCUAAUCCAAGUUCUCCAAGUUUUAGAGAUUAUGAUUAAUUUGGAUUUGAUGAAGUUCUAAAUCAAGAAAUAUAAAUUAAAAAAUCUAAAACUCCAAAUUCUAAAUCCAUUUAUAGUGUUUUCAAAGAACCUGAUGGAAAUAGCAUUUCUGGAUUAUUAUUUACUUGUUUAUUAACAUCAGGGAAGAGAAAUAAAUUAAAUGAAGAAUUAUUAAAAAGAAUAAUUCAAAGUUUUCAUGCACCAAAAUAUUCAAUCUAAGAAAUCAAUUAGGUUGAAAUAAUUGACAAUUUAUAAGAAUUAAGAUACUUUUCAAUUAUUAAUGGAAAUUCAAAUAGUGUUUAAUUAAUGAGUCCUAAAGAAGCAAUAUAAUUAUCAAAAAGAGCAUUAAAAUUCAUAAUAAGUUAAAAAGAUAAUAAUGUAAAUUAAAAAAGAAUUACAUCAUUUGAUUUAUUAAAAGGAUAUUCAUCUAAAAUAAUUGAAUAAUUUGAACUGUUUUUUAAACCUAAUUCUUAAGAUUUUUAAUAUUUAAAAUCAUUUUAAAAUAUAUUAAGGAAUGCAAAUAUUCAUUUAGUAUUUUUGAAAUUUUUAGUAGAUCCAGAAAUAAUUAAUAGUUCUAAUGACAUAGUUUUUUUUUAUAAAAGAAUUGUUCUAUUUUUGGAAUAUUUUAUAAUAGAUAACGAUACUAAUAUUGCAAUUUUAGCAGAUAAUCAGUAUUUAUUUAAAAUUCUUGAUGUAAUUUAAAUACCUUAACCAUAAGCAGAAGAUAAGUUUUAUAUUCCAAUCAAAAUAACAAAAUUAGCAAUCAAAAUGAUUUCUACGAUCCCAGAAAACUAACAUGAUAAUUUAAUAAAUAAAAUAUUCCUAAAAAUUUACAAUAUAGGAAAUCAAUUGAUGCAAAGUCAAGAGUUUUAUUUAAAAGUUUAUUGUGCAAGAGAUGAAAAUGAAGAGAUUAAAUUUAUAAAAAGAAGUUAACAUGAAAAUGCUGUUGCUUAUUUCUCUUUGAUUUAGUAUUUUAAGAUUUUAAGAUCUAUGACUAAAACCUAUGAAAAACCUGCAAAAUAGGCACCAUUAAAUAAACAUUUAAUAUUAUCAAAAAUCUUAAAAGAUAAUUUUCUAAGAAUAGUCUUAGAUCCAGUUAACUAUUAUAAAGAUAUACUGGUUCCAGAAUUGGUUACUCAUGAAGAAGAUGCCAAAGAUCCUUUAUUAUUUCAUAGAAUGAAAUUGCAUUCAGAAUUAAUAACAUUAAUAACUGAAUGUUGUCAAUAUUAUAGAUUGGGAAUUUAGGAAAUGUAAAGAAUAUUGCUAUAUGAAUAAUUAAAGACUAUUUUAUUAGCUCCAAAUAGUGAAUAUAUUGUUAAAAGGGCAUAUUUAUAAUGCUUAUUUGAAUUAUAUAUCAAUUAAGUUAAAUAAGGGUAGUUUAUUAAUGAUACAAUAGAAAGUGAUGAAGUUAGGGAUAUAUUAUCUAGAGUAAUAAUUCCAGAAUUAGAUUAAAAAUAAAUUUGUAAAUAUUUGGAGGGGUUAUCUAAAUUAGCAAAUCAAGAUAGAAAUAUUAAAGUUAUUUAAAGGGAUUUAAGAGAUUAAAUUAAAAGAUAAAAGUAGACUUAUUUUGAAAAUAAGCUAUCAUUUGAUUCUAAAUUUGUUAAAGAAUAAGGAAUAUUGAGAGAUUUAAGUGAAUAUUGGAAGUAUUUGAGAAAAAAUGGAGUAAUUCAUUUUUUAAUUUAUACUUAUGAUGAAAUAAAAGAUAGAAUUGAUCUUGAAAAUCCAGAGAUUUAAAAUUUGUCUGAUGAAUUUGCAAUCAUUAAAUAGAAUUUUGUAAAAAUUAAGGAGAUUUUUAAUGUUUUAGAGAGAGAUUUUAGAGUGAAAAAAGAAGAUCUAGAUUUAGAUGAUUAUAGAUAAUUGAUAAUUUCAAUUGAGGAAAUUAUUCCAUAAAGAAAAAUUACUAAAUUUGGUUAGAAUUUUAGAAUAGGAUUUCAAUAAGAUAAGAAUGAUAAUAAAUUGAUUUUUGAUAAGUUUGAUACUUUGAAAGAUGAUUAAACAGGAGAAAAGAAGUUGUAAGAAGAAGAUAAUGUUCAAAGAAUAGAAAAUCCAUUUAGGAGAAACUUUAAAGUGUAUCUGAUUAGAUAUAAAGUGAAUAUCAAUUAAUUUAAUGAAUAUAUUGAAAGUAAGGCAAAUGAACAAGAAAGACUAUAGAAAAUUCUAGAUACUUGCAAUAUUUAUAAGACAUACAUCUAAUAGAAGGAUAUUGAUGAAAUCUAUAAAAUGAAUGUAGAAUAAAUUAAGAGAUAAGAAUAAAUAAAUAAUAGAAAUAAUAUUGUAAGUUAAUGGGAUUUAUUUAAAUAAGCAAUGAGAGAAUUAUUUGAAAUGCAAACUACUUAAAAUGUAAUAAACUAGUAAGUACAAACUUAUUAAAGAUAAUAAGAAGGUUUAGAAAAUCUUAAGUAAUAGUUUGGAAUAGCUUGUCGAAAACUAAUAGGAAAACAAUAUAAAAAACAUGGAGGUUAGUUAGAAGGUUCUGAAGAUUUAUUAUCAGAUGAUAUUUAAAUAGAAUUGUUAAUAAAAACUUUAGAGUAACAAAAUACAAACUUAUUAAUUGAAGAUAAUGUAUAGGAAUUUUUGUAAAAAUGUUAAGAAAUAUUCUUAAAUAGAGAAGUUUAUUUAAUAAAAUUUUGUAAAAUAUUCUUAUUCUUAAAAAGACCCACUUAAGAUGAUAUUGAUUCACUUACUGAAGCUAAAGAUGAAAAAUCUAAAGAUAUAAUAAGAUAGAAAUAAUAAAUAUUCAUAAAAUAUCAAAAUGCUAUGGUAGAUGGUGGUUUGGAUAUAAUAGCAUUAGAUAUAUUGAAUGAAUCUGUUGAUGAUUAACAUAAAAUAGAGGCAUUAUAAUUGUUAAUUUAUUUAUUGGAUUAUGGAAAUGAUUAUGUCUAAAAAAAGUUUUAUAAUAUACUUAAGUAAGAUUAGAUAAUUAAAUCUAAAUUUUUUGUUUUCCUUAGAGGUUUCUUUUUGACUGAUAUUAAUUCCAGAAUAUUAGAAUUAGAAUUAUGCGAAGACAAUAAUACUGAAUAUAAAAUACUUUGUUUGAAAGUAUUAAAAUUAUUAUAGGCAUUAUGUGAAAAUGUUAAUGUUGAUUUCUAGAAGUUUUUAGUUCGUUAAUAUGAUGAUGAUUCAUAUCAAGCCAAUAUUAAUAUUGUUAAUGAAGUUGCUAGUUUAUUAGCAGAUUUAUUGGAAAAAGGAUAAAGUGUAUUUUAUAAGUUGUAAGAAAUCUACAGAUAAGCUUUGGAGAGUUUAGUUGAAUUCUCUACUGGAUUUGAAGAAAAUAAAAAGGAAUUAUGUAAAAAUACAAGAUUAUUUACAUUAUUAAAUUAAAUUUUAUAGAAAGAAGAUUUGAUAUCAUUUAAAUAAUUAUAAUAGGAGAAUCGUAAUAUAUUAAAAGAAAAUUUAUUAAAAUCACAAAAUCAAGAAGAAGAUCUUAUUAUUAAUUUAAAUAAAAAUUAAAUUAAUUAUUAAGAAAGAAAAUAUAACUCAUAUUAGACACUUUAAUCAUUUAUUAAAUUAUUAUUGUUGAUUACUUAAGGUAAACUUAAUAAAAAAUCUUUGAAAUUUAUAAUAGAAACUGUAAAUAUUACUAUUCUAAUGAGAAUAUCAAGAUCUAUUUAUCAAGAUCGUAUUAAACCUAAAUAGAGAAAUAUCAUAUUAGAUAAUAUUUGUGAUGAAUCAAAAACUGGACAACAUUAAUAUUGUUCUAAUAAUUUAUGUCAUUUUGGAUUAAGAACUGAUGAAGAUAACCUAUUGAUAUAAACUGGUUUCAAUAUUUUUAUCAUUUGUCUAAAAUUAUCAGAGCAUUUUCCAAAUGAUCCAUAAUUAGAAAUUUUUAAAUUUGAUGAAGAGUAUGAUGAAUAAGAUGAUUUUACUGAUUUUAGUGAUCCCUUAUAAGAAGAAUUACAAAAAAAAAAUACUGUUUCUUCUUAAAAAAUAGUACCAAUCUUUAUAAAAAAUCAAAAUACUGAAAAAGAGGAAGAAAAUGCUCUAUUAAGUAAUAGAUUAAGAUAAACUUCAUUUAAUGAAUUUAAAUAAAUUCUUGAAGAAAUCUAAAAUGAUGAUAAUUAUAAAUUUACUAGAAAACAAUAAUUUUUUAAAUUCUAUAGAUAAUUUACAGGUAGAAUUGAAAUUUAAAAUGAAUAAUCUGAACUUGAAAAGAUUUUCUUUUAAAAACCUUUUGUUUGCAAUUUUGUUACUCCUAAUAUUAAAUAACAUUUAAUUUAUGAGAUCAAAAGAGAUACAGAUGAAGAUAGAAUGUAAGGAUUAAUAGAUUAAGCUGAUUUUUAUCAGGUUUAAAUGAGACAUUCCUAAUAAAUUAAUAAUAGCUUUAUAAUGCAUUUUGGAGCAGUUUAUUGGAGAUUAUUAAAAGAUAUAUCCUUUAUACUCUGUUCCGUUAUAGUAAUUCUAUUGAUUUUUAUGCAUGAUAUAGUUGUCAAUAGUAAAUUAGGCUCUAAUUAAGAAGCUCCUGAAUCUAAUACAAAAGUACCUGGAGAGAACUUUGUAAGUUAUCUUAAUAAUGUAAUAUUUAUAUUAAUUUUUUUAGAUAAUUACAAUAAUUUAAUUAGUAUUGAAUCUAAUUAUUGUAUUUUUCUGUGCAAUAGAAAGAUAUCCAAUAUCAAUUACUUAUAAUAGAGGUGAAACAAAUGCUAAAAAAGUUCAGAUCUUAAAAAAAGAAGCUGGAUUUUCAAUAGCAUUUUUGACAAUGAAAUAUUAUAGUAUUAUUGGAUAUUUUGAAUAGGAAUUUUAAGGAUAAAAAGUAAGUGAAAGCACUAUUAAAAAACUUAUACUUGUUAUAUUUUUUGAUUUUGAUAAUUUUUACAAUGUAAUAAUAAUAUUAAUUUUAAUAGAUUUGUAUUUUUGGACUAACAGUCUAUGCAUUUUUUAAUCCAUAUAUAUAUGCAGUACUGUUGUUAGAUAUCAUAAAGAGAUCUGAAGAUCUUUAGAAUAUUAUAAAAUCAAUUACAUCUAACGGUAGAAAUCUAGCAAUAUUCUCUUUUCUUGGUUUUAUUGGAUUAUUAAUUUAUGCUAUAAUUGCAUUUUCAAACUUUAGUUGGAUGUUUAAUGAUGAGGAUGGUGUUUAUGGUUAAACAUUUAUUUUAGCUGUCACAUCUACAAUUAAUUUUGGUCUUCGUAGUGGUUUAGGAGAUUCAAUGAAAACAUAUCCUUAACCUUAUGAAGAUCCUACAUUAUAUUGGGGGAGAUACUUUUUUGACUUCUCAUUUUUCAUAAUAUUUAAUAUUUUGUUCAUCUAAAUAAUUUUUGGUAUAAUUUUAGAUACUUUUGGUGAAUUGAGAGAUGAAAGAUAAGCCUUAGUGAAGGAAAUAGAGGGAAAGUGUUUUGUUUGUAGUCUUGAAAAGAAUGAUAUUGAUACAAAGUAAGAUAACUUUUAUAUUUAUAGUGGAUCAAAAGGCUGGCAUUAUCAUAUAUAUUUAGAACAUAGUGUCUAUCAUAUGCUCUACUAUAUCAUUUAUAUAAAGAAUAAAGAUCUUAAUGAUUGUAAUGCGUUAGAGAAGUUUGUAAAAAGAUGUAUAGAUGGAAAAGAAACGGCAUUUUUCCCUUUUGGAAGAGCUUUAUAAAUUGAAGAUUAGAAUAAUGAUGAAGACGAAUUGAUUGAUCCUAUUGAAUCCUGA